CCGUGAACACUACACACCUGCAGUCCCUAAACCACGCCCACAUACCUGAGAGAAACCAGGAAAUCACACUACCAGGACGUGAAGGAGAAUCAAAAUAGUCGUCAAAAAAACUUCGUCCCGUGGAAACCCUCGUCGUCCUCUUAUCCUUCAAAUCUACAACCACCUUUGGAUUAACCUGUGAGCACAUAAAAGAGGAAAAGCAGCGGAGGUUCACCUGGGACCAGCCUGGCAUUGACCAGACCAGCACUGAACUGCUCAAGUCCGGCCGCAAGUUCUGCUGGUCCAGAGAAGCCCAGUAUCUGUAUCUGCGCCGUCUCUCUUCACGCAGCUACUCGGCUAUUAUGAUGAACCCGGCCAUGGAGGAGACCGUGUGGGAGCAGUACACUGUGACCCUGCAGAGGGAUCCAAAGAUGGGCUUUGGCAUCGCAGUGUCAGGAGGGAGGGACAACCCGAACGAGGAUAGUGGAGAGACAUCCAUCGUGGUCUCUGAUGUCCUGCAGGGAGGACCCGGUGAUGGCUUGUUGUUUGAGAAUGACCGAGUGGUGCAGGUGAACGCCAUCCCCAUGGAGGGAGCCAUCCACUCCUUCGCCGUGAAUACUCUAAGGAAGUGUGGCAAAGUGGCAAAAAUUACAGUCAAGAGGCCCAGAAAAGUUCCAGUCAAUCUGCUGAAUCGUCCUCCCUCCCCUGAUGACAGAGUCUUCAACACCGAUUACAACGAUGAAUACAACUAUGACCAGGACCACCGGAGUGUGUACAGCGGGCGGAGUGUUGGCGGGCGGGACCACAGCAUGGAGAGGGAGCGUGGCGGAGGCGGCUACAUGGAUUCUGGCUACCAGACACGUGAGCGUGACUACGACAGGGAUUAUGACCGGAAGGAACGUGGCAGGAGCGCAGAGAGAGACCUGAGCCCGGACCGACAGUACAGGAGAGAUGGCAGCAGAGGGCGCGUAUUAGACAAAGAACGCAGCCCGGAUCGCCGCUACAAGAGCGAGCACAUGCUGGACCGGGACUACAGCCCAGACAGAAGGCCCCGAGACCACAGCCCGGAUCGGCGCUAUCGCAGUGAGAGAGCCCUGGACAGGGAGUUCAGCCCAGACCGACGUUACCGCAGCGAGCGGACACUUGACCGCACCAACAGCCCGGCACGAGGUCGUGGACGAGACCACAGCUUCGAGAGAGGGCGUGAACAUAUACCGACUGACCCCAGAAAGCAUGAUGAGCCUCUGAGGAAGAGUGGGAGUAGAGACCGCCUGGACCGUACGCCGUCACCUGCAGCAAUGCCCAUCCCUGUGUCCCGCCCUGCUCGGGACCUGGAGCCGCUGGAGAAACCCUUAAAUGUGAUGCUGCUGAAGAACCGACCCAACGAAGAGUAUGGUCUCCGUCUGGGCAGCCAGCUCUUCAUCAAAGAGAUGACCAGCACAGGACUGGCCAGCAGAGAUGGGAAUCUCCAGGAAGGUGACAUCAUAUUAAAGAUAAAUGGCACAGUGACAGAAAACCUGUCCCUCUCUGACGCUGGGAAGCUGAUCGAGAAGUCUCGUGGGAAGCUGCAGCUGGUGGUGCAGAGAGACAGACGGCAGGUGCUGAUCCGAGUCCCCCCGAUGGUCGACAGCGACUCUGAGCUCGAUGAUAUCUCCGAAAUAGAAUCGUACCGCUCCUACUCUCCGCAGGAUGACAGGCGAGGGCAUCACUCCGACCUCUCCUCCCACUCCUCCAAUGAGAGGCUCAGAGACAAGCCCAGGGAAGACCCGCCCAAUAGACUGGCAAAAAUGGGAGCCAUGCCAACCCCAUUCAGAGCACCUGACAGAGCUGUUGAAGACACGCCCCCUUUGCAGGCAGAGAGGGAGGAGCCACGCUCAGAAACACCUCCAGAAGUCCCAGCACACAAUGUAGCCCCAAAGGUUCACGCGCCCCCGAAGGUGCUGCUAAAGCCGAGCAUAGAGGACCAGGAUGUAUACGGGCCGAACACGGUGAUGGUUCAGUUCCAGAAAGGAGACAGCGUGGGUCUGAGGCUGGCCGGAGGGAAUGAUGUCGGUAUCUUCAUCGCUGGCGUUCAGGAAGACAGUGCAGCUGAGAAGGAGGGACUUCGCACAGGAGACCAGAUCAUGAAGGUCAACAACAUUGACUUCAGAGGCAUGGUACGUGAGGAUGCUGUCCUCUACCUUCUGGAGGUUCCUAAAGGGGAAGAUGUUACCAUUCUGGCUCAGAGCAAACCUGAAGUGUACAAGGACAUUUUGGCGUCUGGCAGAGGCGAUUCCUUCUUCAUCAGAACCCACUUCGAGUACGAGAAGGAGGCUCCUCAGAGCCUUCCCUUCAGCAGAGGAGACAUCUUCAAAGUGACAGACACGCUCUAUGAUGGUAAACUGGGCAACUGGCUGGCUAUCCGCUCUGACAAAGACAACAAGCUGCUGGAGAAAGGAAUCAUCCCCAAUAAGAGCAGAGCAGAACAAAUGUCCAACGUGCAGAAUGCUGCUCGGGCAGCCUCAGGUAACGACAGAGGUGACUUCUGGAGGCUGAGAGGUCAAAGAGCUGCGAAGAAGAAAGACUUAAGAAAGAGCAGAGAGGAUCUGAGUGCAGCCCCGGUCACUACACGAUUCCCUGCCUACGAGAGAGUGGUGUUACGUGAAGCUGGUUUCAGGAGACCUGUUGUGAUAUUUGGACCCAUUUCUGAUGCUGUAAAUGAAAAACUUGCCAACGACAUGCCCAAUGAGUUUGUGGUUGCCAAAACGGAGCCCAAAGAUGCAGGAAGUGAGAAAUCCUCUGGAGUUGUCAGACUGAACACCAUCAGACAAAUCAUCGAACAGGACCGUCAUGCUCUGCUGGAUGUGACUCCCAAAGCUGUGGACACUCUGAACUACACCCAGUGGUAUCCCAUCGUGGUCUUCCUGAACCCGGACAGCAAGCAGGGCGUCAAGACCAUGAGGAACCGUCUCAUGCCCGGAUCCAGCCGCAGUGCGCGCAAACUUUACGAGCAGUCGGUCAAGCUGAGGAAGACGUGCUCGCACCUUUUCACUUCAACUAUCGACCUGAACUCUGCUAACGACGCGUGGUACGGCAGUGUGAAAGAUUCCAUUCAGGAGCAGCAGGACAGAGCUGUUUGGGUGUGUGAGGGCAAGCUGGAUGGUUCAGAGGAGGACCUGGAUCUCCAUGACGACCGCAUGUCCUACCUGUCGGCGAUGAGUGCAGACUACCUGAGCAUGGACAGCCGCCUGACCAGCGACUAUGAAGACACAGCAGAUGAGGGCGGGGCUUACACCGACAACGAGCUGGACGAGACAUUAGACGAGCCGCAGCCGGUGUCAGCCAUCAGUCGAUCCUCAGAGCCUGUGAUGCCAGACGAGAAGCCUCAACCUGAACCCCGGGCUCGUCUCAGGUCAGGGAGCAGAGAUCUGGCGCACAGAGAGCCGAGCCCUCCCCCCUCUUUUGUCCCUGAACCCCCAAAGUCCUCUACUGAACAGGUGAGGGCUCAGACUCGGACGGACUCAUCGAGGAGCUAUGACUCCCACUCCAGCAGCACCAUCAGCAGUGACGCAACGGGUGGAAACAAACCAGCUCCCCCUCCUGUCUCCCUGAAGCCAAGCAUGAGCCGUCUGAACCAAACGCCUGAGGAGCAGCGACCACUGACGGAGGAGGAAGACCCUGCAAACAAAUCCUUCCUGGGCAAGAUCAAAGCUUUUGAGAAGAUGGACCACUUGGCCCGAGCUCAGAGGAUGCUGGAGCUGCAGGAGGCAGAAAAUGCUCGACUGGAAAUCGCACAGAAGCAUCCAGACAUCUACGCCGUCCCAGUAAAACUGCCAAAACCCAACCUCAACCGUCCUCAGCCAAUAGGUUCCAGCUCCAACCCCGAGCAGCAGACUCCCUUCAGGCCACAUUACUCAGAGAGCAGAGGACACGAGGACGACGAGGCCGAGUACCGCCGGCAGCUGGCCGACCAGACCAAGAGAGGAUACUACAACCCUCAGAGAUACAAAGACACCGAGCUGUAGGCAUGGCAACAACACAGUGACAUCAUCUGGACUCCUCACACUCGACCACUAAUAGCAGACACUGUUUGUUCCCCGGGUACCAGAACCUGAAGCUUUACCUUCAGAAAAACUUUUUUUCUUGUAGCCUGAGAAGAUGGGAACUCAAAGCCACAGCUGUACACGAUGUUCUUCAAUCUGUACAAAAACCUUACGCUUUUCUAGGCCAUACAUACAGUUUACAUACACACAACUCCUUAAUAUACAAGACAUCUGAAGACAUAGGCCAGAUAUUUCAGUGUAAAUAUUCUUUUUGUGUGUCUGCAGAGGACUUUGUUACAUGUUUAUGUUUCCACACUUCAUGAACAACAGUUUUUUGUCUCUCACAGUUUACUGUCACUUUAGAGUCACACAGCUAAGCACAGUAAUCUGAAGUAAAAAAAGAUUAUGAUUAUAAAAAGCCCAGAAGGAUGUAAAACAUUUUUUUUGUAGUUAAGAAGUUCAAACAUUUCUCUUUUACUUUUUUUACUUAAAAAGUAAAAGAUAUUCUGUCCUCUGACCAAUACAGUACAUAUGAUUUUAUACAUGUUUAUUCUCUCUGGGUGGCAUUUAAUAAAAACAAAACAAAAUCUAAAACAUUUUACCGUGCUGAACAUCCAGAUACAAAGAGAACUACAAAUAUGGACUAUUAUUAUUACUUUUUAGGCAAACUGAGCGUGGUAAUAUGUCCAGUCGCCAUCCCAGAUAUCAUUCAGUGAAAACAGAGUGAAAAGUCUUUUUUCUGUGCAUCAGAUAAAAUAUUUUUUUAUCCAAAUAAUUCAACACCUUUAAAGAAUUCUUGAAAUCCUUUUAAAGAUUUUCAAAGGAUUGUGAGAUACCCUCUCUGUCUAACAGAGGGAAGCAUCUGUUUUACCUUACAAAGUACUUCAGACUGUGUAUUUGUUUCACCUCCGGCAAAAAUUGUUUUUAAAAAUCCAUUCCUAUCUUGUGCAACUGCUCUGAUGUCAAACAAGUUAGUGAAUAUAUUCAUCAUCAAGUCUUAUCUCAUUGAUUUUUACACCUUUGCAUUCAUUGUUGAUCAUUUAUAUUUACACCUAAUUGUGAAAUAUGUGUGCAUUCUGGGAUGCGGCAUAUUGACAAGUGCCUUGUAUUUGCUCUGUUAGAUCAGAUUUAAAAUAAACAAACUGUACUUUACUGUACACUGACAGAAGAACACACAGUUUAGUGAUUAAAAGAACCAUACAAUGAAAUGAAAUAAUUUUUAGAAAGACGUCUGUGUUUUCAACAGAUUCACUGAACUUUUUGUCUUGAUGUGAAGUUGGUGCACUUCACAUAAAGUAGGAGGCUGUACCAGUGCCUGUAAAGAAUUUCUAUAUAUCUGUAGGUUAGCUGGAGAUGAACACCAGGAGAAUAACAUCAGGCUCUUAUGCGGGUUGUGAAGAAAGUUCUAGAUGUCUGGAUUAAAGAGUUCAACUCUUAAAGAUGUCGAGUCAGCAGUUUGUAUUCCUUCUUAGUAUCAGCUUCCAGCCAGAGA